AUGCAUGCUCUCCGCAUGGAAAAAGCAAAACCUCAGACUGACCCAGACGCUGGGGCUUUGAAACCGCUAGCCAUGAGCUUUGAGUCUAUUGGUAUCGGCAAGAAUAUGAAGAGGCUCGUGUUACUUAUUGCAUCUGUUACCGCUACGCUUGAGCUGUUUAUUUGGUGCGAGUCUAUCUGGAAUUGGUGGAAGGGAGAAGAGGGUGACAAGCUUGAAUGA